AUGGACGAUUCGGGUCGGACGAGGAACGUCGAUCUCGGCGGUUCGAGUAUGGGCGACAUGUUGUUGAAUUGGUGCUGCACGGCCCGAGUCAGGGAAGCGGCUGGGGGGGAUGCGAGAACCGAAUCCGAUUUUGAAGCCGCAAGUGCAGGUGGUGAUUGA